GCAAAUUCUCAUAUUACACAUACAUCUUUCCAUCCAUCACACCCACCCAUAUCAUAUAAAAGAUGUCUUACGCACAAGCAGCAGCUUCAGGUCCACAGCAGACUGAUGAGGAGAAACGUGCUCCUGCCCCACCAUCUGUCAUCCCCACCGAAAGUGCCUCCACCUCCUCCUUAAUUGACGUCGACACCGAUUCCGUGCACACUGUUCCUUCAGACUUCCAAUCACAGCCAGUCCAAACCGAGACACAAGCCAACCGUCUUGAGCAAGAAGCUGAACAGAUUGAGGCUAAGCUUCGCGCUGCAAAGGAUGCCGCUUCCAAGAAAUCAAAGAAGGGCAAGAGCCGUGUUCAAGAGAACAGUGAUAACCCAGUCGUGAUUGGAAACGCGAUCGCCGUCGCAGCAUUGAGCACUGGAUUGGGAUUCGGAGCAUAUUCGAAAUACGCCAAGGGAGAGUUGACAUGGAAGGUCGUGGGUGCGUGGGCUGGUGUUGUGGGUGCUUUGGCUGUUGGAGAUUAUUACUUGAGCUCGUACCUUUUCAAGACCAAGUACCCAGCCAAGAAGUAAAGGAGAGAUGGAGAGGUGAAGAACUACGGCUUGAGAGGAGGCAGGAUAUUCAAGGGAUCAUAACUAUUAUGUGUGAUCAAUUGGCUUGUGGUGGUCAAUUUCUAAAUGUUACGACAUGGAGAUGCUUUGUAUUUGGUGGUGUUACUGCGACUGCGGAACUCUCCCCUCUUUGCGCUUUUUGGAAUCGAUAUCAGUGCGGUUUGUGCAGUCUAUAUCAGUGGGAUAAUGCACCUGUUCAUAGAUCAAGGUUUGCACUUUCAACAAAGG